UUCUGGUAAUGUAUAUAUAUAAGUCACAGUUUGAACUUGAUAACUCAUUCCAAUUUUGGUCUGUUGUUGGCAACUUGACAUUUGAUUGCUGAGAAGUUAGAAGUUGGGAGUCAGUGUGAAAUGGAGCUUGCAUCUGUGAAGAGUGAAUUCAACCCAAGAUGUAAUAGGUUACACGUUAUGGUGGAUGGCAGCGAGGCUAAUGCUUCAAGGGGCAUCAAAAGGCGGCGAAGAGAUUCGUCUUCGCCUCUGCCUCUAACGGUGUUAGGGGGCAAUGAACAACAAGGUGAACAGCCGGAAGCCCAACAGACACCACAGGGUGGCCAAUCGACCCCUAGCACCGUGAAGAGAAGCUCAAGGUUCAGAGGAGUUAGCAGACACAGAUGGACUGGAAGGUAUGAAGCACAUCUAUGGGAUAAAGGGACAUGGAAUCCAACUCAGAAAAAGAAAGGAAAGCAAGUGUAUUUGGGUGAGUACUUCAACUCUUUGACUCCUUCAUAUGUUCUUUGGAUAUAA